AAUACGUUUAAAUGGCGAUGUAACAACUUAUGACAGCAUACAUGCCCUCUUUGCUGUGAUUUCGUUAAAAAAAGGUUAUGUGAGAGCCGUUCAUGUUAUGUCCACUACCUCUUUCCGUAGCAGACACCCAGCCGCUGCUUCGAGCAUGCGCAAUGCACUCCUUUAGCUUUACACGCGUGUAAGAUUCAUACUUUGGGAAAAGUCUCUUUUGAAGACAUAAACUGUUAAAAUUUAAGGCCUAUUUUCCAGCAACAUGGGAGGACAGGCAAAGGGCAAAAAGAAAAGCAAGCCGAAGAGAAAAGACAAUCGCCUAAACAGAGAUGCAGGACCUGUGGCAUUGUCUCCUCAAGACAGGAUGAAGCUAAGAAUGCACGAAAAAGCAAAGAAGAAGACAUCUGAGAAAUACUCUGUGCAACAACUAUUAGAAAAGACAGAGGAAUACAUGGACAGUUUUGACUUUGAGAUGGCUGGCCUUUUCUGUCAACGAGCCCUGGAUGUGGAUUCCAGCAACCUGCAAGCUCUAGACAUGCAGGGACACAUCUGCUCUGAACUAGGGGACACACAGAAGGCUAAAGGAGCUUUUCUGCGUGCAGUGGAGCUGAGCCCAGAUGUAGGCCACAGUAAGUACAUGUACCUGGGACAAAUCCACACAGGCCAGGAAGCCGUGGAGUACUACACUAAAGGAAUACAAGUCCUGCUGUCUGUAUUGGAAAAACAAGCAGAAACCACACAGGCUCAGGCUGGAGCUGCUGCCCCACCAGAUGAGAACACGGAGCUCCCCACAGGAAAGGAUGUUUGUGUAGCCUACUGCUCCGUGGCAGAGAUUUAUCUCACAGACCUCUGCAUGGAAGAGGGAGCUGCAGACAAGUGCAGAGGGUUCAUUGAGAGAGCAUUACAGUAUCACCAUGACAACCCUGAGGCUCUUCAGCUCAUGGCAAGUUACCUGUUCAGUACAGAGAGAAACCAGGAAGGCAAAGAAUACCUGUUGAAGAGUGUUGGGUUAUGGCUACCUGCCCAGAAACAGAGUGAAGCUUCUUGCAGCGCAGAAGAAGACAUGCAGAAUGAGAUCCCUCCGUACGAGUCUCGUGUCACCACGGCCAAACUGCUCAUCGAGUCUGAGGAAUACGAGAUGGCGGUGGAUGUGUUGGAGGGUCUUCUGGAGGAAGAUGAUGAAGUCAUCCAGGUGUGGUAUCUCUCCGGCUGGGUGUGCUUCCUCCAGUUUGAAAAAGCAAAGGAGCAUCAAGAAAGAGAGGGAAGAGAAGUAACGGAGGAGCAGACGGAGGAGUGGAAGGCAUUGACGGAGGCGGCCAGAUCGUAUCUCACCAAUGCUAAGAAGCUGUACAGUAAGCUGCGAUGUGAUGACCAGCCGAUGCUGGAGCAUGUGGAGCAGCUGCUAGGCGAUCUGGGAGGAGAGCUGGAGGGAGACGAGGGAGAGCCGGUCCUGGAUGAAGACUAUGAACCCUGUAGUGAUGAAGAUGAGGACGAAGCAGAGGCACCCAUGGAACACUGACCACAACCUUGCUCAUACUCUGAAUCCCCCCCCAAUCAUGCUUUCCCUCUAGUCAAAAUGCUUGAGUGCACUCUCUGACGUGCCUUUUGUACCGGUUAUCCUUUCACACCAGUUUAUCAAAGAUGAAUUUUUGAAAAUCAAGUGAGAUGCACAAAAAGAGUGGCAUUAAAAGCUGCAGUCUACUCAA